UCCCCUCCAACUUACAAAGAAAGAUUCACACACAAUCCAGAUCCAAACCUCCAUUACAGCUCAUCCGGCACAAGCCAAACAUUGACAAAACUCUAUGGCUGUUCAAUCACUCCGACGAUGUGUGGGCUCAAGACAUUCUCGAGCCGUGGUAUACCAGCAUGCCUGGUCCUUCAGGGCCCGUCACUUUCCAGGUAAUGAUCCGUUCAUCCCAAGGAUCGCGCGUCGCUGGCAGACAAGUGUUCCAAUACCUGAGAAGAGCUGGCCGCGGUGCGGUUUAUAGCACGGGAGGGACCAGAGACGAAGUAGACUCCAUGGGCCACCUGGAAACUAUCCCUCCUUACGAGUACGGCGGCAAGUCUUUCCCGGCAGUGCGCAUUAUCGAAGGUUCCCAUUACCACGGGUAGCCUAUGCCACAUGUGUAUGACUACAUGAGAGCUCAGGAACUGCAGGACCCGCUCAUCCUAGACGUGGACUGGCUUGCUGUCGGGCACGUCGAUGAGAUUAUUCAGUUUCUUCCAGCGGACGGCACUCUCCACGGCUGGGCCCUCUACAUCGCCGAUCCGGUCGGCGGAGUUGGGAUACUGCAGGACGCUGCGGAGAAGGGCCACGGAAACGUCGCGGCGUUCUCUGGGGCGAAUGGAACUCUUCCUCAGAUCCAGGAUGACGUCCUAGGCGUCACUCUUGCGGAGCUGUUGACAGACAAGUUAGUCGCGGAAAACAUAAGGUCUGCUGGGUACAGUGACAGCGUCGAAGACGUGCUACGGCAAGAAACCGGGAUUCCGAGCCAAGAAAUCCAUCGGGUCCCAGUGAUAUUUACUACUGGGCCACGAAUGCCGUGUAUGGAGACGUGGGGUUCGAGGUUGAAUACAUCGAUGACUGGUACUCGCAUCAUGAGGACGGUGGUGAGAUUUAUUGUGGCCCCAAUACCAUCCGCGUUCCGGGCCAGCCAUGGUGGGUUACAAGGUCGAGAUUAGGUGCCGGGGAGGGCGAACUUCAAUCGCAAAAGCCUAUGCUGGGACCCAUGGUAGAAUAAGGAUGAGAUCUCAGUGUUCCCAUGCAAUCAGUCCUUCUAUGUUACUGAACGAGAGUUAGGUUAGCAGUUAUGCUGGUAUUAUCUUAGUCAGA